AUGAUUCCUGGAAGUUCUCGCGAGCGGCAGAGGCUGUUGUUGGAUCCUUCUGUGUUGUAGCUGCUGCUGGCCGCUGUGUGAGGAGCGGACCGGUUACCUGUAACCUUGUUUUAUCGGCGCGGGUAAUAGGGGGUUCACCGAGAGGGAGACCCGGAACAGCAAGUGGUUGUCGGACGCUGUGAUCCUUUCCUCCCGCCACACAAUGUCGGCGCAGGCCCAAAUGCGCGCCAUGCUGGACCAGCUGAUGGGGACCUCUAGGGAUGGUUCAAUGUAUCUAUGCCUGCCUACUUCAAUCCGCAAGGGAGUAUCAGAAAGGCCCCGCAUUCGCCGAGCCGCGACACAACAAGACAGCGGAUCAAGUUCAGUGAUGAAAGAGUGUGUAAAAGCCACCUGCUCAAUUGCUGUCCCCAUGAUAUCCUAUUAGGAACGAGAAUGGAUCUAGGAGAAUGCUUGAAAAUCCAUGACCUGGCCCUGAGAGCAGAUUAUGAGAUUGCAUCCAAACAGCAAGAUUUCUUCUUUGAGCUUGAUGCAAUGGACCACUUGCAGUCAUUCAUUGCAGAUUGUGACAGGAGGACUGACAUUGCGAAAAAAAGAUUGGCUGAUACUCAGGAGGAGAUAAGCGCAGAAGUAGCUGCCAAGGCAGAGAGAGUACAUGAGUUAAAUGAAGAGAUUGGAAAGCUGCUGGCCAAAGCUGAACAACUAGGAGCAGAAGGAAAUGUUGAAGAGUCACAGAAGGUGAUGGAUGAAGUUGAAAACACCAGAACUCAAAAGAGAGAAGCUGAGGAUAUCUAUCGCAACUCUAUGCCAGCCUCCAGCUUCCAGCAGCAGAAACUGAGAGUAUGUGAAGUUUGUUCUGCAUAUUUGGGUCUCCAUGACAAUGACAGAAGACUGGCUGAUCACUUUGGGGGCAAGUUACACUUGGGCUUCAUUGAGAUUCGUGAGAAAUUAGAUGAGCUUAAGAGACUUGUGGCAGAAAAGCAGGAGAAGAGGAAUCAAGACCGGUUGAAGCGCAGGGAAGAAAGGGAUCGGGAGGAACGUGAUAAACUGAAAAGAAGGUCAAAGUCCAGAGAAAGACGUAAGCCUCGUUCUUCUUCGCGGGACCGUAAAAGGAAAACACGUUCCAGAUCCCGUGAUAAACAUCGUCAUAGAUCACGCUCUGAUAGUCGCAGUCGUAGCCGCAGUCACCAUCACAGUCGUGACAGGAGUAGGGAGCGGAGCUCUAAGUCUAAGUCAUCCAGAGACCAGGAGCAAUCAUCCAACGAGCGAUCUAGAGAUGGCGAUCGCAAACUGAAGAAGCGCAGCUAUGAAAGUGCUAAUGGCAAAUCUGAGCAUAGUUCAGAAGAACGUGAGGCUGGAGAGAUCUGACAGUCCACGUUUCUUCCACUGAAAACUGUGGCUUAGCCUACAGCUGUUUUCAAAUGGACAAAAUAAGUCUGCCACUUCUGCUAGAGUAUGUGUACAGUCAAGCCUAUAUUUGGUAUAGAUUUGUUUCGUCAAAAUGGAUGCAGGUAUUUUGUUACAGUUAAAUUGAACAGCAAAGAACAUUAUGUAAAAUAAAUGCUUAUUUUCCCUGGAAGAA